CAUUCAAGCACUAGCAAGGUUUAAGGACAAAAGUGAACCCGUGUUUCUUUUUAUUUUUAAAGGUAAGCUGACGCGAGCAAUGUUCGGCGCGAACGGUAUCGAACUGUGCCGCAUCAUGGAAGAGGAGCUGGGCCACAUGCAGCGCGAGGUCGACACUGGUAUGGAGCGGCCCAAGCGGGAUAUAGAAGCGAUGCUGCCUGAGGAAGCUAAAAAGCUAGAAGACGACUUGCGCUUAGAAGAAGAGUCCCGCGAAGCCACCGAGCGUCUCCGAGUAUUGACAUUAGCCGCGCGCAAGCGCCGCGUCUGCGACCGCAUGUCGCGGCACACCAAGCGGCUCAACUUCAUCCUGUUCUGGCCGCACUGCCACCACGCGCACUUCGACUUGUACGAGAAGUGGGAUUUGAUCAAUAUAUCGGUGGGGGCCAAAGAGACGAUCCAGCUGACAGAAGCUGGUGCCAAGGAGGCCUUAUACAUGAGCGAUGUGGACCCGAACGAGGCCUGUCUCCACGCGCUCCUGAAGGACGAGGCGCUGGUGGUCUUGUUCAAGAUGAUGGACACGGAUAACAGGGACUUUGUUAAGCUAAUGCGGUACGCGCUCUACGAAGAGAUACCGGUACCUAAGGAGGACGUGCCUCCAGAGAAGCAGAUCCCUCCGAUCCCAGCGUACGAGCGUUACGCUACCAUCAGCAAGACCGCGCGGGAAGUUCGCAGAGAUCGGUACGAAGCGAAAAUGCAAAAACUGGUGAGAAAGCUCAUGUAA